UGACAGACCUGGCAAUGGAGAUGGACAUCAACUUUAGAUCAUACGUGCAUCUCGCCUCACAUGCACUUCCACACUUACUGAAGAGCAAAGGGAGGAUUGCAUUUGUUUCCUCUACAGCAGAAAAGGUCCCAGUGCCAGGAAUGGCAGUGUACACGGCGUCAAAGCACGCAAUCCAAGGGUUCUUUGGUGUACUUAGGCAAGAGAUGGUGAUGAGAAACACAGGUGUUUCCGUCACUUCGUGCAUAGUGGGCGGGACCAGAACAGAAAAUGUGAUGGAGUUAUUCAAACAGAAAUUUGGAGAGGAAAAGUUGAAGGGGCUUAACUUUGCGGAUCCAACAGCGGUUGCUUUGGAGAUCGUCAAGGCAACUGUUGCUAGGCAAUACGAAGUGUUCACGAGUUCCGAUAAAUGGUCAUCAAUAUUGAUGUUCCUCGGAAAAAUAUCACCAGAAUUUGCUGACCAAGUUACCCUGAAAGUACUUUUUGAGUAGAGAAACAGUGACUGAGAAAAAUGCAAAAUAUAAACUUGAAAUGUAUUAAUAAAAUCGUACUGCAUAUUUUGCCUUUGUUAAACAAUACAUAAGAAUUAUUUUAUGGAAAAUAUGUAUGAUAGAUUUUUAGAAAUAAAAAAGUGUUUUGCGUUUUUACACAAGAGGGGUCUUGGGA